UUUAACCAAAUCGGGCUUUAUUGCUGAAUAUUUAUAUAUACACACCGCAUAUUCAUUAGAAAAUGCCAAGAUAUCUCGUUCCUUCAAUUAUGCGCUACCCUAGUCGCAGCAUCAGCCAUGUGCUGAUUAUGAUCGUUGACAUGUAGGCCUAAUGUGGUUGUGGCACGUGUCAGUCGAGUCCAGAGUUGUUUUGGAAACCUCUACGAUGUGCCUGUAGUCUCACGUCACAUCAUGUAAAUUACUCUCACUCUAGGCGCAAAGCAGAUCGACUCAGUAAUGGUGGAAGAGAGAUCGUUCAGGACCUAAGGUCGGCGUUUUACUUGAUUUAUCCUCGGUUUCUAGGACACGAACAGCAGUGAAAGUACACUCGGUGGCUAUCAUACUUUCGUACGUAAAACAAGUUGGUCUGGACUCCCUCUUGCUUUGAACGCAUUUUGUAAUGUCUUAAGGAAGCCAAUGAGCAGAACUUCUGCUCUCAUGUUAAGUCUUUGGAGAGGAAAAUGAGCGUCACCACUUCUCCCUCGGUCUCAGUGGAAAUGAGGAGAGGAGAAGGAGAAAGAAGAAAGUUACCGGAUACAGUUGCAGAAGAAGGAGGAAUUGUUUGUUUGCUAGAGGGACACCCUCAUGAAGAGGAUAUGUCAGGAAUUUACACUGCAGUCCUGCAGGGACCCAGAGCCACACCGAUGCUUCAGUCUGCCCAGGCAGUCCUCUCCCCCAGGGCCGACGAUGGCGAGGAGGGGGAACCAGACGUCAUACACACACCAGAGGGGUCUCCUCACAGCAGAGAGGUCACACACACACCACCAGUGGUGACAGGGGAGCUCACACACACACCGGAACACACAGGAGUGACCGCACACCUGCCACAAACACACACACCAGCGACACACGACACAACCCUAACCCUGACCGGAGAGACAACACACACACAGCAGACGAACACACCAGUACACCCCACAUCACACACAGCCCCAGGCCCCUCCACUCAGGAGGGAAGGGUACUGGAAGAGGGGGGAGGUGGAGGAGUGGAAGCGAAAGAAGAUGGAGAAAGGGAGAAAGAAGGAGGGAUGCAGUGGACAGAGAGAAAAGAGGCGCCGAGGAGAAACCUGUGGAGUCUGAGGGAGAGAGGGAUGAACGAGAGGCGGAAUGAAGGAAGGAGAGAAUGGCCGCGCGGCGGCAGCCUGGAGAGGACAUCGCAGGAGGGGCGCGGCAUGGGAUGGAGGAGAGGAGGAAAGAUGUGGAAAGAGCACAGCAGAGACGGAGAGGUGGAGGACGGAGAGAGGGAUGAGGCCAGGAGUGUGUUGGAGGAGGAGAAGAGGAGGGUGAAGGAGACACCACACCAUCACAUUCUGUCCCGCGUACUGGUACACUCAUCAACCUCCUCUUCCUCCUCCUCCUCCUCCUUCAACUUCUCCUCUCCAGAGAGCGACGAGGUGUUCAGCGAAGGGGAGGAGACGUCUUCUCGCCGGAGAAUCAUGAGGAGGUGUCGCUCUUGGAGGACCUUCCUGACCAUGAUGCAGUGGUCCAAGCGCAGGCAGAGUUCCUGGGUCCAGCUGGCUGGCCAUCAAGGUAACUUCCAGCUGAGUGAGGGAGGUGAGGUGUUGAAGCGCUGGAGUGAGACGGAGGGGGCGUGUCUAAGCCUGCUGAUGUCGGACGUUCUGCGGGUCUUUGUGCCGCGGUACUACGGCCCCCUGAGUCGCAACGGCAAUGACUACCUGCGGCUGGAGGACCUGCUCAGUGGCCUCACCCACCCUGUCAUCAUGGACUGCAAGAUGGGAGUGCGAACAUAUUUGGAGGAGGAGAUAGCCAAGGCCAGGAUGAGUCACACCCUUCGGAAUGAUAUGUACCAGAAGAUGGUGAAAGUAGAUCCAUCUGCACCCUUGGCGGAGGAACACGCCCAGGGUGCUGUGACCAAGCUGCGGUAUAUGCAGUGGAGGGAUUCAGUCAGCUCCAGUUCAACCCUGGGCUUCAGGAUUGAAGGCAUCAUGCUGGAGAAUGGGACUGUCUUGCGGGACUUCAAUAGGACCCAGAGUAUAGGUCAACUCAUAGAUGCCUUCCUUACCUUCACCAAGAGCAAUCUCCACAUCCUGAGGGCGUACCAGUCCAGACUGCAGGCUCUGAGUGAUGUGCUGCACGAGUCGGAGUUUUUCAACACACAUGAGUUGAUUGGCAGCUCGCUCCUCUUCGUCCACGACAGCUCUAGCAAGGCCAACGUCUGGAUGAUCGACUUUGGGAAGAGCAUGCCGACCCCGGAGGGGAUACACCUGCAGCACGACGUGGCGUGGGCCGAGGGGAACCGGGAGGACGGGUACCUCAUUGGCCUGGCCUCCAUCAACCGGCUCCUGGCCAAGGCCAUCAGACAAGCCCAAGGUAGCGGCCUGGAGCGCUCGGACUCGCAGACACUGGCUGGGGACGGAGAGGACGAAGACGAGGAAGAGAACACACAGUCUGUGCAGUAUGGCAGCUUGAACCCCGCACAGUGACCCCAGCAGGGUCAGGAAACUCACAUCCACCAGCACAGGGGCAGCUAAUGCUAUUGAACAUCAGCCUGCUGGGAGCAGGGACUGGCUGAACUUUAAUUCAUCUGUGAAAACAAAAUAAGCUGUAGCCAGGCUGUGUACACACACUCAAACGCACAGUGAUAGUGACUGUAAUGAGUUUUGAUAUGUGAUAUUCUCUAUUUUUUUGUCCAGCUGUUAGAUUGACCUGAGAGGGACUUUGUGAUAUUGUGUGUGAAACUAGUUGUCAAGGCUAUUUUUUUAGAAUGCAACUUUCAAUGUACCAGUAUUAAAUUAUUGUAUUAUCAUUAUUAA